CGACCCGGACCCUCCGGCAAACCCGCCGCCGCCGCCUUCUCCACCCUCCCCGCUGCCGCCGCCGCUUCACCCGGCGCCGGUUAAACAGCGCGAGGAGAAAAAAACGGCCCUGAGCAAAGCUGCAGGUCCUGCCAGAAAACCUGUUCCAGCAUGAGCUCUCCCUGGGCUGCAGCUUCCUUCAGGGCAUCUUCACCUGCUGCGGCAUGGGGCCCUCCAUGGGCUGCAGUGUGGAUAUCUGCUUCAACGUGGUCCUCUGUGGGCUGCAGAGGGACAGCCUGCCUCACCAUGGUCUCCUCCAGGGGAAUCUCUGCUCCAGCACCUGGAGCACCUCCUCCCCGCCUUUUUUCACCUUGGUGUCUGCAGGGCUGUUUCUCACACUUUUCCCCCCUUAACCCUCUGUCUCACACACUGAUGUUCAGCCUGUUCUGUGCUUUCUUGAAUACCUUUUCCCCCAGGCACCACCAUCUUGGCUGCAGGGCUCAGCUCCAUCAGGUGGGUUUGUUGGAGCCUGCUGGAAACUGGCUGUGUCUGUCAUGGGGCAGAGGCUGCCCUGGAGCCCCUGCCACCAGCAUCUGGGCACAUAAACCGAAGACACUAAGAUGCUAUUGUAAUAAAAGACUUAAAAGUUAGCUUAAAUCAUUUUAAGAAGAGAUACUGUAAAAAUUUUGUGUAGUGAGUAUCUGUUUUUUUGGUUGUUUGUUAAAAUCUUUUGUUAUUGGAUAAAUUGCAGUGGUCCUCAAGUUCAUCAGAAUAUUUCAGUUACCCUACAGUUUUACAAUGUUAGCAGAAGCUGAGAUACAGAAAUUGUUCCAUUUGCCAGCAAGUCCAAGGAGGUAAAUCACUAGGAGGCUAAUGCUUCGGUUGAAGUUCUCAAUUUGAGGAAGAGCUUUUAAAGUGGAGUAAUAUGAUUUGUUUAGUCUCUUUCUACAGUAUUUAGAUCAAAGAUAAACCUCCAUUUUCUUUUAUAUAUGCAGGUAGUUAUUCGACGGCUUCCUCCUUGUCUAACUAAGGAGCAACUGGAGGAACAGCUACAUCCUCUACCUGCGCAUGAUUAUUUUGAGUUUUGCACUGCUGAUCCCAGCCUUUAUCCUCAUCUCUACUCAAGAGCAUACAUUAACUUUAGAAAUCCUGAGGACAUCCUUCUUUUUAGAGAUCGCUUUGAUGGCUAUGUCUUCAUUGAUAAUAAAGGUUUGGAGUAUCCUGCAGUGGUUGAAUUUGCUCCAUUCCAGAAGAUUUCAAAAAAGAAGCUGAAGAAGAAAGAUGCCAAAGCCGGUAGCAUUGAAGAUGAUCCAGAAUAUAGAAAAUUUUUAGAAAGUUAUUGUGCUGAUGAAGAGAAAAUCUGUGCCAAUCCUGAGAUUCUUUUGGGAGAGAUUGAGGCCAAAACAAGGGAACUCAUUGCUAGAAGAACAACACCCCUUUUGGAAUAUAUUAAAAAUAGAAAAUUAGAAAAGCAGAGAAUACGAGAAGAGAAAAGGGAAGAACGAAGGCGAAGAGAAUUGGAGAAGAAACGUCUACGGGAGGAAGAGAAAAGGAAGCGCAGAGAAGAAGAAAGACGUAAAAGAAAAGAAUUGGAGAAGCAAAAGAAGAUUUCUGAAAAAGAAAUAAGGAUCAAGCUUCUUAAGAAGCCUGAAAAAGGAGAUGAGCUGGCCAGUGAAAAGCACAAAGAAAAAGGUGAAGAACCUGACAUUGAAGAAAACAAAUGGGAUAAAUCACCUGGAUCUGGAAGUAUGAAAUCCAAAUCACUGGAGGGUUCACUAAAAGAACUUAAGGAAAAGUCACAAAAUGAUAGUGACAAAGAGCAAAGAGAUUUGGAGAGAAGAUUUCGAGAAAAAGAACCUGAAAGACAAAGGUAUCGAUUGGAUGAUGGCAGAAAGCAUAGAGCUCACUAUGAGUUUGACAAGUUUGUGAGAAGGAAUGAAGAAGAGCUGAAAUGGGGGAAAGGAUACAACCCAGACAGAGGAAAGAAAGGGAACUACAACUACAGCUUCACUGUGGAGGCAGUAGACAAACUGGGUAAAGAGGACAAGUGUGAUGACAUGGCAUCCAAAAAGGAGCGCAUAAGAAAUAAGGAUCGCCCAGCCAUGCAGUUAUACCAGCCAGGAGCUCGCAUUCGAACACAUACGGGAUCUACAAGUAAAACCUACGACUGCGGUGGCAAAUCCUUUGAAGAUGCUCUUGAUAAAAAGUAUGAGGCAGAUAAUUCAGCUGGAGGUGGUUCUGAGAAGAGCGAAGAAGCAGAAUAAAACAAACUGGGGGAAAGACUUGUGAAAAGGGAUGAAUUUAAGAUUCAGUGUCAUCACAAAAAAUCCACAGGGCUGCUUCCGAACUCCACAGGCGAUUGCACCACCAAAAUUGUAAUAGCUGUGCCUCUUAACUUUCUGUAAAAUAAAUGGAAGAGGGACUGGAGACAUAUAAAGUAUCUUACAGCAAAGGAAAAUUGUUGCUUUUUUACAAAAAGCAGAGCAAACUCUAUUUGCCUAAUUAAAAGCAGUUCAAUAUUUUAUUAGAUUUACCUUGAAAUGGAAAACCUCUAAUAGUUUUAAAGGAGCGUUUGUAUAAGAAUUUUCAGAAGCUAUUUCACCUUUUCAAGUCUAAAGACCUGAAACAUACAUCUGCAUCAGUUUGAAACCGGAGGCACUUUCAAUGUGUUUGGUGCAUGACACGAGGAUCGUGGGACCCCUUCCUGCAAACGGCAGUGGCGGGGGCUGCUGCCGGGUGGGAAACUGCGGUCAGGCUGGGUGGGUCCAGCCCUGGGAGGAAGCUCUGGAGCCAGGAGCGUUUGCAGGAUGAGGCCCACAGUUCGCACAGUUGUGAGAAAUGUCCAUGGGUACCCGUACCUCAUUGUGUUUACAUUGGUUUUCAGUCACCUAUAGUGUCAGAUAAGUGUUAGUAAAGCUACAAGUACGUUGUUCGAGAGUUUGUCAUUUUCUGAGCCACUUUUGCCUUUUUAGUUGUAAUAGAUUCUUGUGCUUAAAGCAGAAAAAAGCUAACGCGAACCUCAGCACUUAAACAGUAUCUCUGGUUUUAAUAAAUUAGCUGGUUUUUAUGUUUUUGACACUGACUUUAAAAAAAAAAAAGGUUGUACAGUGAUGACUUUUUAUAAGCUAACGUUUCAUAUGAGUUGCAGUUGCAGGAUUUGGAAGAUGUAUGAUACAUGAACGUUCUGCAGUUCUAUUUGUUAUUAAAAAAUAAAAACAAAUGAAUGUCAAUUGCAAACUACCAUUUUGUAAGGUCUAGGCCAAAUUCUGCCCUCUGAUGCAGGCACAUAUAUAUAUAUGUAUAAAAAAUGUGUGUAUAUAUAUAUAUAGCUUCCAUUGGUUUCAAUGAUAGCCGCGUGUUUACAGAAGGGCAGAACACGUUCAUUUAUCUUUCAUGGCUGAAAAUUUCUCAGUUGUCUGAACUUGAGACCUGCUUUGUCACUGAAGUUAAAUAGUAAGAUAUUAAUUUAUUUUUACAUCCUCUUUGAACGUUUUAUUAUUAAGCAUAACAUCUAAUUGUUCUAGACUGAAAAAUUAUUUAUUGUAUUUUCCAGAUAUUAAGCAUUAAAAAGAAUAAAAGCAACAAGA